CCCUGUACGAGUGCACACAUGCCCAUACACAUAUUCACCCAAACAAGGUGAAUCUAUAGGCGUAAGCGAGAUGGGUAUGAUAAUAAAAGGAGAGCAAAAUAUAAACAUUUAGGCCAUCAUGAACCAAACUCGAGUGUGUGAAAAAUCAUCCAUGAGUGCGAACGGAAGAGGUGUAUAAAUAGAAAGAGAGGGGGAUAUUUAUCCUCGAAAAUUUCCCCUUGGGUCGUCAUGCUGAAUUCAGAAUGCGAUCGCGCUGGUUUUUUUUUCUUUCAAAGUGAGGAUUGUUUACAUUUUGGGUGCGUUGUUUUGCCUCGCAAUUUUCCUCCAAUUUUUGUUCCAGUUUAGUUCAUGCGAUAUAUGAGUUUAGUAAAAUGAAUAUUGAAGACGAUGUUUUGCUUAUGCUAGGAGCGUUAUUUGCUACACAAAGCGAAAGAAAGCCGCGAUCGAAAUGGGUAAAAAACAUGUAUUUGAAAAGAAGUUCCCUAUCGCAUAUUAACAUGAUGGAAGAGCUGAGGCUGGAGCCGACGGAUUGGCUAAAUUACGCCAGAAUGGAUGAGGAAUCAUACAUAUCUGAUCGUGAAGGAAGGCACGAUUAUGAGACCAGCUGUGUCACCACAUUAGCGGCUCAGUGCUACACUGAGAUUUAUCAUCAGUGGCAGCUCCUACCAGUGCCUCCGUUUUCAGACAGCAAUUUCCUAGCCGCUGCUAUCAUCCAUCAUACCCGAAACAUGUUCCGCUAUCAUAACAGCGUUGAAAGAUUAUAUGCAGCUUCCUCGCAACCAAACGGAGUGGUUGAACAUAUCAAAGGAUUUUAACAACAAAUGGCAAUUUCCUAAUUGCCUUGGCGCUGCGGACGGCAAACACGUUAGAAUAAUACCUCUAUCGGGAAGCGGGUCGCAGUAUUUCAAUU